GCUCCCGCUUGCACCCAACCUCUGCUUCUCCCACGCGCGUGCGCCCCGUCUCCGCACACCUCCCCCGCUGUUGCUGCGGGCGCGCGCGCGCGUUCCUGGUGUCCCAGGCAGGAGCUGGAGACAAGCGACCGGCUGUGGGCCAGGUUCUGAGAGAGCGUCGUGAGCCGGAGAAGCGGGACCCUGCGCGGCUACAGUUUGCGUGGGCCUGGCCGCCUCUCCGUCGGCGGGCCGGGCGACGUCGCCAAGCAGAGGCUGGACUCCCGGGGCUGAUGGCCAUGGGCGGGAGCUGGAGAAGGCAGUGGCAAAGGCAGCGGCAGCAGCCGGCCCCGCGGGCGGGGAGCGGUGUGGCCCAAGGCCCCUGAGAGCCCCUGACGGCCCCGGCGGGUAGGCGCGCUUCUGCGCCUCCUGGGGUUGGGGGGCGGUAGCCAGGCAACGCCCGGCGCGCCCGCCCAUCCCCCGCCGCCCUUUUUUUCCCCUGGCAGGGUGCGAAGGAGCAUGCCUGUGUCUGGCUUCGGCCAGCAAAGAGUUAAGUCGAGAGGCUUGGAGCUGCCUUCCUCUUGGGGGCGUGCCCCCCUCCCCCGCUAGGCGGCUCGGCCCCCCGGGGUAGGGUAUGGCCCCGCGACCCGGCCGGGGACCUGUGGUCCCAAGCACUGGCCAGUGAAAGACUCCUUCCUCUUCCCUCACUCCUCUUUCCCUCACCGGCCAGCACCAUGGGAUGUAAUAUGUGCGUGGUCCAGAAACCGGAGGAGCAGUACAAAGUGAUGCUUCAGGUGAACGGGAAGGAGCUCUCCAAGCUGUCUCAGGAGCAAACCCUAGAGGCCCUGCGUGCCUCCAAGGAGCCCCUGGUGAUCCAGGUGCUGAGACGCAGCCCCCGUCUGCGGGGGGACAGCUCCUGCCAUGACCUUCAGCUGGUGGACAGUGGCACUCAGACCGACAUCACCUUCGAGCAUAUUAUGGCGCUGGGCAAGCUGCGCCCGCCCACUCCACCCAUGGGCAUCUUGGAGCCGUACGUCCUCUCUGAGCUCCCCCCCAUCAGCCAUGAGUAUUAUGACCCAGCGGAGUUCAUGGAGGGCGGCCCGCAGGAGGCAGAGCGAAUGGACGAGCUGGAGUACGAGGAGGUGGAGCUGUGUAAAAACAGCCACCAAGACAAGCUGGGCCUGAUGGUGUGCUAUCGCACAGAUGAUGAGGAGGACCUAGGCAUCUACGUUGGAGAGGUAAAUCCCAACAGCAUUGCAGCCAAAGAUGGCCGGAUCCGUGAGGGAGACAGAAUCAUCCAGAUUAAUGGAAUGGAUGUCCAAAACCGAGAGGAGGCAGUGGCCAUCCUGAGCCAGGAGGAGAACACCAACAUCUCCCUGCUGGUGGCCCGGCCUGAGAGCCAGCUUGCAAAGCGGUGGAAAGACAGUGACAGAGAUGACUUCCUAGAUGACUUUGGAUCUGAGAAUGAAGGGGACAUUCGUGCACGGAAGCUAAAGUCACCCCCUGUCCAGCAGACUGGAAAUGAUGAGAAGGGGGCUCCUGAUGGGGACCCAAGCUUGAGCAACAGCCAGGACCUGGACAGCGGGGUGGGCCGGACUGAUGAGAGUACGCGCAAUGAAGAGAGCUCUGAACAUGACCUGCUGGGGGAUGAACCUCCCAGCACCACCAACACUCCUGGAAGCCUGCGCAAAUUCGGUCUACAAGGGGAUGCCCUACAGAGCAGGGAUUUCCACUUCAGCAUGGAUUCUCUGCUUGCUGAGGGGGCAGGACUGGGAGGGGCUGACCUGCCUGGGCUCACUGAUGAGGAGUAUGAACGCUACCGAGAGCUGCUGGAGAUCAAGUGCCACCUGGAAAAUGGCAACCAGCUGGGUAUCUUCUUCUCCCGGGCCUCCAGUGGCAACAGUGCCCUAGAUGUCAACCGUAAUGAGAGCCUAGGCCAUGAGAUGGCCAUGCUAGAGGAAGAGCUUCGGCACCUAGAGUUCAAGUGCCGCAAUAUUUUGCGGGCACAGAAGAUGCAGCAGUUGCGGGAGCGCUGUAUGAAGGCCUGGCUGCUGGAGGAGGAGAGUCUCUAUGACCUGGCAUCCAGUGAGCCCAAAAAGCAUGAGCUGUCUGAUAUCUCUGAACUGCCAGAGAAAUCAGACAAGGAUAGCACUAGCGCUUACAACACUGGAGAGAGCUGCCGCAGCACUCCACUUCUUGUGGAGCCUCUGCCUGAGAGCCCCCUGAAGCGAUCUACUGCUGGCAAUUCCAAUUUAAACCGGACCCCUUCUGGCCCUCCUGUCACCACCCACCUCAAGGGGGCUCCUUCACCAGGGAGCCCAGCCAAGUUCCGAUCACUCUCUCGGGAUGCCGAAGUGGGCCGGAGACAGCACACAGAAGAGCGUGUCCGCCGCAGCACCAAGACAAGUGUUACUCUGGAUCGUGUGGGCCCUGAAGGUAGCCCUUACCUCUCCAGGCGCCAUCGUGGCCAGGAGAUUGAGCAGUACCACAGCUAUGUGCAGUUGGCCCCACCACGCACCUUGGAGGAUCUGGGCCAUGGCUCCCUGAGCUUGGCUAGUGGUCCUCGGGUGGGUGGGGUGGUGGCUGCAGCUGUCGAAGCACCCCGCAUGGAGUGGAAGGUGAAGGUGCGAAGUGAUGGGACCCGCUAUGUGGCCAAGCGACCUGUGCGAGACCGGCUGCUGAAGGCCAGGGCCCUGAAGAUCCGAGAAGAGCGCAGUGGUAUGACCACUGAUGAUGAUGCAGUUAGUGAGAUGAAAAUGGGCCGCUACUGGAGCAAGGAAGAGAGGAAGCAACACCUGAUCCGAGCACGGGAGCAACGGAAGCGGCGUGAGUUCAUGAUGCAGAGCCGUCUGGAGUGUCUAAGGGAGCAGCAGAAUGGUGACAGCAAACCAGAGCUCAACAUCAUUGCGCUGAGCCACCGUAAGACCAUGAAGAAGCGAAACAAGAAGAUUCUGGACAACUGGAUCACCAUCCAGGAGAUGCUGGCCCAUGGUGCCCGCUCAGCUGAUGGAAAAAGGAUCUACAACCCUCUGCUCUCUGUCACCACUGUCUGAGCUAGUCCAGCAGGAGCCCAGCCCAGGCAUAGAGAGCCUGACCCUCACCUUCCCUUAGAAUCUAGUGUGUGUCAAUGUGUGUGCUUGCACGCUGUGCUCAUACACACUCCUACCUGUAUAUGUAUGUGUGCACAGGACUUUGGUAAUAGAAAGCCCCAAAAAGGGACACUUCUCUUACACCUAGUUCCUUUUCCCCAAGAAGCUAUGCUAACAACCAGCAUAGAGGCAUACACAUGGUGUUCUUGCUAUGUUCUUGGAGACAGGGAAGUCAGUGCAAAGAGGUGACGUGGACUAUCCUAAGCACAAGAGAAUGUCCAGCUUCAGGCUGAGCACAACUUUUCCCCUCCUAGGAGCUGCAAUUAUUUGUAGACAAAGGCAACCCUGAAUUUUGUGGUUUUUCUUCUUUUCUGUGCUUGCCAAUAGUUGUUUUCUGUUUUGUGGGCCUGCUCUGGGGGCUGGCAGCUCCUUUAGGCAGCCUGACAAAGGUGGACCCCACCGAAUGCUGGCUGGGAAGGAGGUU